AUGAUCGCCUCUGAAUCACGUGAGCGGACGCCGGACAGAAGUAUCUCACGUGAGCGGCGGACGGCCUUCCGGGCUCUCCGUCGAUCGGGUCUUCAUUCCUCUAGAAAGGAUGAACCUGGUCGGGGUCUCAAAUGCAAGCAUGAUAGUAAGGAGCGACUACGUCGUCUCGAAUCUCAAAUGGAACGAAUGAAUGACGCUCUACAAACCCUUACUGAGCGCGGAAAUCCAGACCCGAGUUUAUCAGAUGCAAGGGCGUCACAAACACAGCCAGAAGUCACAGAUGGGCCCCGGGAGACAGUCGGCGAGACUAUGGAAGUCUCGGUGCCUUGCUUUGAUGCUUCUGGAUAUCCUCAUCCUCCGCCCGAGGUUCUUUCACACUUUGUCGAGGUAUACAAAGUCAGACUUCACGCCCAACCUCUAUCCAUUUUCAAUGUCGACACGCUGUCUUCACAAAUUCUAAAUUUCCCGCCUUUUCUCUUGCGUAGCUUCUUGGCAAGUACACUACUUUUCUCGGAGCAUGCUUUCUAUAGGGUUGCGAAAGAUGAGGCAAUUGACUUUUAUAUCCGUUCGGCUCGAGGUACUGUGAUGUAUCUGGCAACUGAAGGAAACUCGUCGGUGGAGAUCUUGCAGUCUCUUUGCUUACUAGCCUUGAAUGACCUCGCUGCCGGCCGUCGAUCGAGGAUGUGGAUGACCAUAGGCAUUGCCUCUCGACUUGCCCUUGCACCCCAAAAUCCUCAAUGGUCACCAGUAGGGACUACGACAAAGACGGAAGAAAAGGCAAGAUGCUUAUGCCCCCCAUUCGCCAACCUCAGUUAUCCUCCGAGUCCAGCAAGGCCACCCCUAGUCGUUGACCUAGGGGCCUCCAAUGUGCCUUAUUCCGCUGCUAACAGUGCGCCCACCGACCUGGGAGUCAACGCACACUGUCUACAGUUGAUCUCUCUAUGGGGUGACGUUGUAGCAUAUUCAAGACGGUUACGACUAGGACAGGGUGAGGACCCUUGGUUGAUCUCUUCAACCUACCAUGUCUUGGUAGCGAAAUAUCGUCAAUUCGAGGCAAGUUCUGCGCAAAUGCAUCGGUUAAAGAAUCACCAGGUGUGCUUUCAUGCAGGGAAUGCGCUCUUGCACCACCCAAUUUUCUACAUUACCAAUUCUCGCAAAUUCAGCACCAGAUACCCACCGCCAUCCUUUCUCCAACAAACCGUCGACCAGGCGCUCCUUCACUCGGGCUGGAUAGUGCGCCUUUUGCGUACAUGGGAUCAUCUUAGGCUCGAGCUCAAUGAUCCGCUCUUAGGCCACUUCCUCGUCGUGGCUGCAACUAUCCAUUGGAUAUUCCAAUUUGCCAGCGACGAAGCUGUGGCGGAUAGGGCACGCUCUGACUUUGGAGAUUGUCAGCGGCUUUUGCUUACAGUAAACAGGAAAUGGCCACAAUUCUCGUCUGCGGCGAGCUGUUUGGAUUUCUUACAAAGCCUUGCGCGACAAGCUCACGAAACAACCGGAAACAGGGGAAUUCCGUCCUUCAAACAAUCUCUGCUAUGGGACCUUCUCGAUUCCGAUAUACCUAGCUCCGGUUUUGAUGCCUCUAGCUAUCUUGUGGCACCAAGUGGGCAGCAUGUUGAAACACAGCAUCUUGCUCCUCUGCAUGAGCCUUCUGUGUCCGAUAGGGGUUAUUCCAAUGACUACCUUAGCUCCGCGGAAUAUCAAGCACUUCAAUCGCCGGUCUUCUUUCCAAAUUCGACUUUGAACAAUGAUCUUUUCAGCGACAUCGAUCUCUCCAUCUUUUCCCGUCCAGAGGGUCAGUCUAGUCUCAACUUGCAUGGCGUCCGACGUGAUCAGUUGAUUCAAGAAGCAUCCGUCGAUGUUCCAAAACACGGUCCGGGUCCGUCCCCACCGGCUCUCGGGGCGUGGGACGUCAUCUUCACCGCGCCUGAAUAUAAGAAUGUUCGCCCUGCACAUAACUUGACUCACUUUACGGUUUUUUUUUCUUGUUCCACGAUGUCCCACUCCUCGAAAUCGAAUUCAAUUGUUAUCAUUGGAGCCGGCGUGUUCGGCCUCUCCACUGCCUUGGAGCUCUCUAAGCGUGGCUACGAUAAUGUCACCGUUCUUGAUCGUCGACUCCCUCCUGUUCCCGAUGGAUCAAGCGUCGAUGUCUCUCGCAUCAUUCGUCCAGAUUAUGCCGACGUAUUUUAUGCUCGAAUGGGACUAGAUGCUGUGAAAGGAUGGAACGCCGAAUAUGCACCGUUUUUCCAUCGCAGUGGUCUCUUGUGCGCGGAAUCGAAAGGCUCUACCGAGAAUUCAUACCUUGACCAAUCAAAGCAAAACCUGGAAAGCUUAGGAGCUAGUGUCACCAUCCAAACUUUCCAAGGCAGUGAAGCCACGGACAAGUAUCCAGGUAUUCAUGGCGAUCUGUCAGACAUGCAAGGGUACUGGAACACCGAGUGUGGAUGGGCCAAUGCAGAGGGGAGUAUUACGCACCUGGCCCAGAAAUGCUCGCAGGCUGGCGUAUCCUUCAUGACAGGAAAACACGGAACCGUCAAUAAUCUCAUAACUAAGACUCAUUCAACGAAGAGCAAGGUAGUAGGCGUGGUCACGGCGGCAGGGACGAGCGUCUCGGCGGAUACCGUGAUCCUGGCCACGGGCGCCUGGACACCAUACUUGAUUGACACUGGUGAUCGGACAAUUUCGACGGGUCAGCCGGUUGCCUUUCUGCAGCUCACCCCCGAGGAAGCAAAGGCGUUGCAGAACUCUCCCGUCAUGAUCAACUUGAGCACAGGAUGGUUUGCCUUCCCUCCUACUCCCGGCACCAAUCUGUUGAAAAUGGCCCGUCAUGGUUAUGGGUUUGAAACGACCACCAACUCGCCACAUCGGCAGUCCAAUUCAUCUUUCUCCGCUCCCAAGAUGUCUUCUCAAUCACCAUUCCUACCGGCAGACGCAGAAAAGUCUCUGAGGGAGGGCCUGGCUUUGUUCUUGCCGCGGUUCAAGGACUGUCCGUUCGUCCAGCGCCGGUUAUGCUGGUAUACCGAUACUCCUAAGGGCGAUUUUAUUGUGGACCAUCAUCCGGAACACGACGGGCUGUUCCUGGCAACGGGUGGAAGCGGACAUGCCUUCAAGUUCCUACCUGUGUUGGGUCGUUAUGUGGCGGACAGUUUCGAGCGAAAGGCGUCGCAGGAGCAACGAGAGAAAUGGGCGUGGCCGGCAACUGCGAACCGUCUUUCGAAGGGCGAUGGCAGUCGAGGAGGACCUCCGAGACGAGUGCUUCUUCCUGAAGAACAGGCUCGUCUGUGA